UACAUACAUAUACCUAUACAUACAUAUGUAUUUACGCAAUUUUAUUUGCUGCUUUUACAGUUGAUUCGCAACUAAUCGACGUUAAUUUGCGGGCAUAUCAAGCAGUCAUCUCACAUUAGCCAGCGCUGACAACACGCGCUUGAUUUUUAAACCGACGCGUUUCGCCGGCAAAGCGCCAACGAUAUUUUGGCUUUCAUGCAAAAAAAAAAAUAUACAAACUUGUACCAAAUACAAAUGAUAAUUUUUUUUUUAUUUUUUUUUUUUUGAAAUCUCUGUUGCGUGUAAACAUUGCGAAAAUAAAGCUCAUGUAAAUAGUGUAUUCUCUGCAACAAAAAAGUUUGCCUUCCUUUUUGAGUAUUUUCAAGUGAAAUUAAAUAUAAAUAAAUAACAAGAAAUACAAUUCGAUUAUAAACAUCAAUAAUCAUGAGUGGAAGUGUGAAUGAAAGUAACUUUAUACGGUUAUGCUACUUGUUAAUCGCCUGCGGCAUCGUUUGUCGAUUGGCAAGCUGUGCGCAAAUCAAAGCCAGAUACAAACCUAUGGGAGUGGAUUUGUUUGACCAUGAAUUUUUUAGUGCUCCAGAACCACUGGAUGCUAAUAUAGAAGAUUGGGAUGAUAGUGAGGCUGGCAUGGAUGAUCCUGAAACAAUGCCACGUCUCUAUCAAGGGGACAUUGCAAUCGAUCCAUACACUUACAUAUCACUUAGACUAGGCGUAAAUCCAAUGAAACAUCCGAAACGUUUAUGGCCGAAUGCAACUAUACCCUACGAAAUCAGCCAUUUAUAUACGAACAACGAACGUAUGUCUAUAGAACGAGCCCUAAAAACAUUCAAUGCCUUGACUUGUGUCAAUUUUGUACCCUACGAUGGUGAAGACGAAGAUUAUGUACUUAUUUCACCGCCAGUGGACGACGCGCCACUCGGUUGCUGGUCGUUUGUGGGCAAACGUGGUGGGGAACAAGUGGUAUCUCUACAACAACCGGAUGAGAAUAGCGCACAUUGCUUCAGCAGUGAAGGCCGAAUUAUGCAUGAACUUAUGCAUGCGAUUGGCAUUUAUCACGAACAAUCACGAGCGGAUCGAGAUAAUUUUGUAAAAAUUCAUUGGGAAAAUAUUGUACCAAAAUAUCGUAAAAACUUUAAACUCAUAUCUAAGAAGAAGGGCAAACAUGCUUUUGAUUACGAUUACAAUUCUGUGAUGCACUAUGGUGAGUUUUAUUUUAGCAAAAAGAAGGGUGAAAAACCUACAAUGACACCAUUACAACCGGGCGUGCGUAUUGGUCAACGGAAAACUAUCAGUAAGACGGAUUGUUUGAAGAUCAACGAUUUGUAUGGUUGCUUAAAUGGCAGGCAUGCGCGAAUGUAUAAAAGUUUCUGUAAUUUAUUGGGCUUAUAGCAGAAGAAUACCUUUUUUAAAUUUUCCGUAUUAAGUUGUGUUAAA